UUCAGUCAGAGACUGUCAAAUUAGCAAAUUGAGCUCUUGCUUCACAAAGAUAGGAGAGGUAACUGUGAGAAAAUAGGGGUUUUGGUUGGUACAAAGCUUGGAAAUUCUUGUACUCGUGUACCGUCACGCAAUAUAUGAACCUGCUGUUAAUACAAAUGACGGAGGUUGUUACGUUGUCACCGGCGCCAAUGAAAGUGAAACUGAUAGUGCUAAUGAAUGGAAUGAACGAAUGAAAUAUGAUCCAUAUACAUAUGGAAUAUGUGGUAUAGGUAAGCUCUGUUAUCAACAAAAAUUAUCUUGACGAGCAACAAUGUUCAUACUCUACUCUUUUAACGAUCUGAAACCUCGCAAAAUUGUGUUCGGAUAACCGCGCACGGUCAAAAUGCUACACAACAGUGUAAUCAUCCAACGCGCAGAUGUCAAACUUAAUGUCAGGUUUCUAGCUCGUGCCUGAGCGGUGCAUCUAUUCGAUAAACGGCCGGCGACGCGCAGAUAGGUCAGUUCUGCAACAACACACAAUAAAACUUAAACGAUGAUGAUGAAUCAAAGGAUAGCAAGAUAGAUCCCACAGAGGGAAUAGAAAAGUUACCGACAAUUAAAUUUUCAUCACUUUCCUCUGCCUUACUGCUCUUUUAUGAGCGGGGGGAGUUGGACACAGUGCCAGAAUAUAAAGCAAACUAUUAUUUAAUUGAUUAGGAUCAAUUUUUAUUUUUUAUUUUUUGUCAUUCUAACAGAUUUGACUUCUCUAAACAAUGAACUACAAUAUAGGAAAUUCUCCGAUACUAGAACAAACCCAGACCCAGACUUCUUUUUCACAGCAGUGAGUCUGCGGUCCAAAAACCAGUUCGCUAUUUAGUACUGUUACCGGUAGCCGCAACAGUGCGCGAGUGCUAAAUCAUACUGAAUAGGGCUACCACACCGGCGGCGGCGCGGCUGAUGUAUGGAAAUUCGUCUUGAAAUGGUUACAUUUGUAUAUUAUAUUACUGAUGAAUAAGUACUGCACUGCGCAACAGGAAGGGGACGGGAGGGUAGCGAGAGAAAAGUCUCAGUCUAGUCGCGUGGCCUGCCUAUCAUCGCGGAUCGGAUCAUCUCAUACGGCGGACGGUUGGCGCAGGGAACUCGAAACGCCGCGCCGACGAGGCAGAUGGGAACUCGAACGUCUAUAAAUACAGUAGAUAAAGUUCUAUUCUUUCAUUAGAUUUUACUAUCAGCUGGCGUUUGGAAGAGCACAGAAGCUGUGCCGGAAACGAGCAGGAAACGCGGGUGUUGAUUGAAAGUAGUAAUAGUGAUUUUUUAGCAACAGUCAAAUUAUCAACAAUAUGAAAUUUAAACUAAUCAUACUGAUGGCAUGCAUGUCAGCCGCCUUCGCAGCACCACAGCGGACAGAAGCCGAAGCUGAAAUUGUGGCCCAAGACAGCAAUAUCGAUCCGGAUGGUUCUUAUCAGUACAGCUACGAAACUGCCAACGGAAUUCGGGGCCAGGAGCAGGGAACGCUGAAGCGGGCAAGCAGUGCGGACACAAGUGAUGUUAUCAUUGCGUCCGGUUCCAUCAGCUACACCGCCCCCGACGGUCAGGUCAUUACGCUGAACUAUUCCGCCGACGAUGAGAAUGGUUUCCAACCUCAAGGAGACCACUUACCGACACCGCCACCGAUUCCGCCGCAGAUUCAGAAAGCUCUGGACUAUUUGGCCAGCCUACCGCCGGCGAAUCGAAAACGACGUUAGACGGCCGACCGUUACGAAGACCCCCCGCCACCGAAAACUGAUCGUAGGACCUCACCCACCUGGGCCAAGCUCUAGCAAACGCAAGCGAUGGCUAAUACUCAAAUACUAGUUAUAUUGUUUAGGAUAAUUACCGAUAAAUCACUAACUGUUUGUUGAAUGCAAGGCGAACUUAUCUGGAACUAGAUAAUAAUGUCGCAACAAGUGAAAUUUCGUGUUCAAAGUGCUUUUGCCAAAUAUGUAGCUCAUGUUAAUUAUUGAGAAGA